AUGACACAAAGGCUUGCUGAGCAGGCUCUUUACCUAUCGUUAAUUCAUUCAUUUCGUCGUCGUUGCUGGAUCACCUCUCGCUCUGUUCAUCAAGCCGGCCUUGACAACGAAUCAGUACUACCAACGCCGCAGCCGCAGCCGCACUUGAGCCCGCCAAUCGAGGGAGAGACGGCACGACAGACUAUCCCGGUACUUGCGUCAACGCCACCUGCAGCGCUUGCAAUACCCGCGACCGAUACGACCCAACCUACCCGUAUUGAGAGAACCAUGGAGUACACAUCCGACAAGGAAAAGUCCUACGGGCCGGGCGGAGACCCGAUGCAGAAGCUCGAUGAGGAGAGCGGUAGCGAUGGUAAUGAUGACUUCAAGUCUGCGUCACAGUCGCCCACUAAGCCAGCCGAUCCUCCAAAUGGAGGCUUGAAGGCCUGGCUUCAGGUUCUCGGCUCGUUUUUCAUUUAUUUCAACACAUGGGGUCUCGUCGCUAGCUUCGGUACAUUCCAGGUCUACUACGAAGCCGAUCUCCUGAGGGAACACAGUUCUUUCGCUAUUUCCACCGUGGGCUCGUUGCAGAGUUUCCUGAUGGUGUUCCUGGGUCUCUUUGCGGGCCCCAUCUUUGACCUGGGUUAUGCAAAGCAACUCCUCUGGGUGGGGACCAUGCUCAUCGUCACCGGAUCCAUCCUCCAAAGUUUCAGCCAGAACCUCUGGCAACUAUUGCUUACACAAGGACUUUGCAUUGGAGUCGGGAUGGGAGGCUUGGCCGUUUUGGGAGUUGCCAUACUAUCGCCGUGGUUUACCACAAAGCUCCCCAUGGCAACCGGCAUAGCAGCGGCAGGAAGCGGUGUUGGCGGCCUGGUACUACCAAUCCUGUUUCGAUCGAUUCAGCCCGAAAUUGGUUUCCGCUGGACUGUGCGCACCAUGGCGCUGAUCGCGUUGGCAACUCUCAGCGUUUCCAUCUUGACCAUGGAACCACCCAAACCAUCGGCUUUCAGGAGACCCUUGAUCGACCGGUCUGCCUUCAAAGAUCCUCCGUACCUAUUUUUCGUGGGCGCCUGCUGCCUGGUUUUCCUCGGCAUGUACACGCCUUUUGUCUACGUCCCAGGGUACGCGCUGGCAAGGCACGCCGUCAGCACCGAGAUUGACAAGUACCUGUUGGCAAUCCUCAACGGCGCAUCCAUCGUCGGGCGCACCAUUCCCAUCCUGUUCACCGCGCAACUGGGACGGAUGAACAUGCUCAUCGUCGCCGUAGCAAGCUUAUCGAUUUCGGCCUUUUGCCUCUCGGCCGUCACCCACACCCCCGGCUUGUUGGUGACUGUCAUUUUCUACGGAUGCAGUAGCGGAGCCUUCUUUUCUCUGCAGCCGGCCACGUUUUCUCUGCUCACGGAGGACAAGAAGUACAUCGGAACCAGACUUGGCAUGGCGUACGCCGUGAUGUCUGUUGCUUUGCUUUUGGGCUCUCCCGUAGGUGGCGCACUUGUGCGCUCCAUUGGUUACUAUAGUGCUUGGAUCUGGGCGGGCGUGACACUUGCUCUGGGCAGUAUCAUGAUCGCAUGUUCGAGAGGCUUGGCAACUAAGUGGGAUUGGAGGAAGACCCUUUAA